CGGAAACGCCUGUCUCUCUUCUCCGCCGCUGACCCCGCUUCAGCUCUCUGAUCUCUGCAGCCUCUCCAGCCAGCCAGGGAACAUGGCACAGCAGUUUGUGAAGGCCAAAAUCAAAGGCGACAAAGUGGUGCUGUUCAUGAAGCCCACGUGCUCCUACUGCAUCAUGGCCAAAGACGUCUUGUCAAAGUACAAGUUCAAGCCCGGACACCUGGAGUACAUUGACAUCAGUGGACGCAGCGACAUGGGCAGCGUGCAGGACUACUUCCUGGAGCUGACGGGCGCCCGCACGGUCCCACGGGUGUUCAUCGGCGAGGAGUGUGUUGGAGGCGGCAGCGAUGUGGCGGAGCUGCAUGAGAGUGGUAAACUGGAGGGCAUGCUGCAGUCUAUCGGAGCCCUGCAGUGACCCCCAGGUGGCGUCCAGGUGGGGUCACAUGACUAUGCAGCGGGACUUGCGUAGCUUGCGUCGCCGCUGCUGGUACUCGCUGAGCUCCUGCAGGUAGCCUCUGGAUGGCCAGCGUAGCCUCUCCACCUGUUCACGCUCCUCCUCUGGAACACACACACAAACACAUCAUAACCGUGGUCCCCCUGCAAACACAACCCCGGGGAUAAAACCGCCGCAGCUAGAUUUACUGCACUUGGCUGACACUCACACAGACACAUUGAGUAGUAACUCCUUGGAUUGUUGCCAUGAACACAGCCAACAAGGCUGAAAUAUCUGAUCAGAUUUCAUUUACACUGACAAGCAAAACAGAUCAGCGGCGAUCGACCAUGUGCUGUUUACUUAUUCUGGCCUUUGACUUCCCUUGUGCCCUUCAAUACCCGUCCAAUGACCUGAGAAGUUUUUUGUGUGUUUGACUAAUGAUGAAAAUAAAACAUGUUUACUGCUACUAACCAGA